CUUGCUUGCCAACACCCACCGCCUACCCCCACACCCCCCAUAGACUGGGAAACUGGGUCCUGCCUUGUGAUCCUCUUCAUCACGUCUCUCUCUCUCUCCCUCCCCUCAUUCCUUUUUCUUCUGCCACACUGGAGAAGACACCCUAGUUCACGAAAUCCUACAUUCGCGUUUCCCCCAUCCCAUUCCUUCUCCCGGCUUGGUUUCAACGUACCUCGCAAUCAUCCAUAUUAACUGCCGUCUUAUUAGUCAUGGCAGCGGCAGUAGCACCUAUUCCAGCUCACUACCUGCACGCUGCUGUCACCCUUGCCAGCCAUGGCAACGCGGAUUCUAAGUCUCUUGUAUCCAACCUCCCUCGUCGUGGUGCUUUUUUGGGUUUUGGGGUCCGGGGUCGUGGUAGCUCUAGGGCUCGGCCGAUGCACGAUGUGAGCAAUAUUCAAUUAAGAGCAGCUGGAAAGUGGGGCGUUGUCAGAUCCGAGCUUCUGAAUCCAAAGUCAGAGGCGGGGGCUUGCGGCUCUACGUUUGAAGACGUUCCUCACAUCACUGAUUGGCUUCCAGACCUAGAGACAUUUCCGAAUCCCCUGAAGUUCAACCCAGCGUACUCUGCUGUUAAGAAAUACUUUGUGGAUGAUGACGAUUUUGUUGCGAAGGAUAUAGUAGUGAACAUGGAAAACGUUGGGUCUGGCUUACACUUCAGACGUGCUGGGCCAAGAGACAAGAUUUAUUUCAGGGCGGAAGAGGUGAAGGCAUGUAUAGUCACAUGUGGUGGCCUAUGCCCAGGCCUCAAUACUGUGAUUCGUGAGAUUGUUUGUGCACUUUGGUAUCAAUAUGGCGUUCGAGAGAUUUAUGGGAUUGAUGGAGGUUACAGAGGUUUCUAUGCGCGCAACACAAUUACUUUGAAUCCCAAAGUGGUGAACGACAUUCAUAAGAGAGGUGGCACCAUUUUGGGGACCUCCCGUGGCGGCCAUGACACGAUGAAGAUAGUGGACUCUAUUGAGAACCGUGGGAUCAAUCAGGUGUACAUUAUUGGUGGAGAUGGUACUCACAAGGGUGCAGAAGCCAUUCAUGAGGAAAUAAUCAAGCGAGGUUUGAAGGUCGUUGUUGCGGGGAUCCCCAAAACGAUCGACAAUGACAUUGAUAUAAUUGAUAAGUCCUUUGGAUUUGACACUGCUGUGGAAGAAGCACAACGAGCAAUCAAUGCAGCUCAUGUGGAAGCAGAAAGUACUCAUAAUGGUGUUGGGGUGGUCAAACUCAUGGGUCGUUACAGUGGCUACAUUGCCAUGUACGCUACUCUUGCGAGUCGUGAUGUGGACUGCUGCUUGAUUCCGGAAGUACCUUUCUUUCUGGAAGGGGAGGAUGGUCUGUAUGAGUUUGUGUACCGUAGGCUGAGGGAAAAUGGUCAUAUGGUGGUUGUUGUAGCAGAAGGUUCAGGUCAGGAACUUAUCGCUGAAAGCCUUAGUUCUCUUGACAAGAUGAGUGACGCUUCUGGCAAUCGCCUGCUGCUUGACGUUGGUCUCUGGCUUUGUCAAAGGCUGAAGGAACAUUUUUUGAAGGUUCAUAAGGAAUCCAUCACGCUGAAAUACAUAGAUCCAACGUAUAUGAUUCGAGCUGUGCCUAGCAUUGCAUCGGAUAACGUCUACUGCACUUUGUUGGCACAUAGUGCCAUCCACGGUGCUAUGGCUGGUUUUUGUGGGUUUACAGCUGGUCCUGUCAACAACCGCCAUUGCUACAUCCCUAUCUCUAGAGCUGUUGAGAAACAGAGGCAUGUAAAUACAAGCGAUCGUAUGUGGGCCCGCCUACUAUCAUCGACGCACCAACCCAAUUUUUUGCGGUAUGAGAAAGUUUUAGAGGAGCAGCGGGUGCAGCGGGAAAAGGACUCUAAUAGUCAUGGAGUUGACCUUGAUCAACAGUUACCUGGAUUGACUGCCUCUCACAGCUUACCCUUAGCGCCACAGAGUACCCUCAAACCAUCUACGAGUAACUCAUCUGCGAACGUACGUAUUUGAAUCCUUCUCGUUUUGGUGACCUGGUUCUGCUCUGAAUUUGUUUACAGAUAAACACGGGUUUUUCUAGUGGUACGAUAUAAUCAUGUAGUUUUAAGUAUCCAUCUAUAUCAGAGACUUGACGUGAGACUUCUCAAUGACUUGGCAUGCCUGAUGUGGAGGUCCAGACGAAAUUCAAAUCUUUUAGUUUUAUGUUGGUUGUCCAACUCAUUA